CGGGAGGAACCGAGGGGAGGGCGUGAGGCGCGCGACGCCGGCAACCUCGCUCGGGCCCAAGUCACCGCCCGCGUCCCCGGCUGAGGCGGCCGCAGCGGCCGGCGUCGAGGGCGUGGCGGCUCCUCGCGGCCCCGGGCGGAGGGGGGGCUCUGUCCGCCCCAGGCGGUGCUCGUCACCCCCGGGCCUCUCCCCUCGAGUGCACAGCAGUAAGUGUCUGGCAGAUAUCCUAGAACUUUACCCACAGAGAAGAUGCUACGAGACACCAUGAAGUCUUGGAAUGAUAGCCAGUCAGAUCUCUGUAGCAGCGACCAGGAGGAGGAAGAGGAGAUGGUCUUCGGUGAAAAUGAAGACGACUUGGAAGAGAUGAUGGAUCUGAGCGACCUGCCCACCUCACUUUUUGCUUGCGGUGUCCACGAAGCAGUGUUUGAGGUCCCAGAGCAGAAGGAGAGGUUCGAAGCUCUGUUCACCCUCUAUGAUGACCAGGUCACGUUCCAGUUGUUCAAGAGCUUCCGCAGAGUGCGGAUCAACUUCAGCAAGCCCGAGGCUGCGGCGAGAGCUCGGAUAGAGCUCCACGAGAGUGACUUCCAUGGCCAGAAGCUGAAGCUGUACUUCGCACAGGUGCAGGUGUCCGGGGAGGCUCGGGACAAGUCCUACUUACUGCCACCACAGCCCACCAAGCAGUUCCUCAUCUCCCCUCCAGCCUCCCCGCCAGUGGGGUGGAAGCAGAGUGAGGAUGCCAUGCCUGUGAUCAACUAUGACUUACUCUGUGCUGUCUCCAAGCUGGGGCCAGGGGAGAAAUACGAACUGCACGCAGGAACCGAGUCCACCCCCAGCGUGGUGGUGCACGUCUGUGAAAGCGAAACGGAAGAGGAAGAAGAUGCAAAAAACCCCAAACAGAAAAUCACGCAGACUCGGCGCCCAGAGGCCCCCACGGCCGCGCUGAGUGAGCAGCUGGACUGUGCACUGUGAGCCCUGCCGCCGCAUCUGUGCUGCUGCUGCUGCUGCUGCUGCUGCACCUGUGCUUCCUGAUGCUGCCGCUGCACCUGCUGUGGAGCGCAGCCAGGAGAUGCCGCUGCAUCCAUCGGGCAGCCGGGCCAGCCUUGCCAGGCCGGAACGUGGGGUGAAGUAGCAGAUGUGGCCAGCUGUUUGAAAUUUUGAACAAUAUUCUAAAUGGCACUUUACGCGACAAGGUUAGCCCCCACUGUGUGGCACCUGACUCCUCCCCCAGAAACCUUAGUUCCCCUGAACAUGUAGAUCGUUGGGUACCAAAGGCCAGAACUAGAAUCACCAGUGCACUACCAUUUUUACAGAUUUAAAAAUUAGUCUUACAAUUUCAGUAAUUUGGUGUGGGUAUUUUUGUACUGGUGUGGUAGUGUCUAACAAAUACAUUGAGCAAAGGCUGAAUGUUACUCAUUGUACAUGACUUUUUUUUUGUUAGAUACAAAAUCAUGUGUAGAAGUCAUUUUUCUCCAGUAUUUUUCCACUAGCCUUGGGAAUGAAAUGCCAACUGAAUGAGAUUGUCAGCUCCACACAGCAUGCACAGAUGUGCUCUUGGCUCUUGAUAGCCCUCUCGCAGUUGACCCUGCCCCCAGGGCAGCCCGCCCAUGUAAGCCUGGGCUCUGCAAGCAGGCUGUGUCACCGGAAGCUUGGCUGCCGAUGACAAGGAGUUGCAGCCUGGGGAGGAGCAGCAGCUCUUCAGGUAAUCUCCUGACCAUCCUGAUGCUGGCCUGUCACUGCUCGAGUUGUCCUGCCUUGUGUGUAGAUUUGGGGAUGCUAGUCACAGUCUUCAAUUUUAGAAAGUAAUAAGACCUUCUGAAGACCACUUUAAAUCAGGAGGAGUUGUUUCUUUCUCUUGUUUGUUUGUUUGUUUGUUUGUUUGUUUGUUUGUUUGAAGACAGGGUUUCACUUUGUAGCCCAGGCUGGCCUUGAGCCCAAGACUGUUCUCCUUCCUCAGCCUCUUGAGUCCUGGAUUGAAGGUAUUGAAGGUGCAGUUCCUGCUUCCCUUUUCAAUGAAAUUUUCCGCCUUAGCUUGCAGUUGACAUUUAUAUAGAAUUGCUUCUUGCACAUGUCAAUGCAGUAUCACUAGUGUGCUGGGGCUGCAGUCCCUCUGGAAGAAUGCCCUCCUGCCCAGGAGUGCCCUGCUCCAGGUGGGUCAGCUGGCCCCACCCUCUCACUGUGCUCGCUUACUACAUGGCACGUAUGCAGAGCUGGCUGGUGUACAUGAAGGGACUAGACAUAGAACUAAGAAACGAACACAGCAGCUACUGUAAAGAAGAGAAAUGGAGAGGUUGAAGCCAUGAUGGCUGUGUUCUUUGGGUGACAUGUUAGGGCUGAGUGUCUUUUGUGGUAGAAUUGAUUUCUGAAGAUUUAAACUGUAUUACAUGCACACACAAAUGUCUUCUAACUUGUUGAAACAGGGUCUCAUAUAGUCCUGGUUGACAUCAAACUUGCUAUGGUCUCAAGGAUGACCUUGGACUCUGCUCCUGCCUCUGUCUCCUAAGUGCUAGGAUCUCGGGCAAGCACCACCACACCUAACAACAGCAACACCAGAAGGAGUUGUCCUUGCCCUCCGACACUCUCGGCCCUCAGGUGCCAAUCUGUGCGUGUUGGCCAUUGGGAAACUCGGUGUGGAUUCCAUUGAAGGUUUCGAUUCCUUCCACACUGGUUGUCGGAUCCAGAUCGUCAUCUGUCGGGUUAACUGAGAGGCUCUGCUCUGCACCCACCUUGACUUUGCAGUUCUGAGCUCAGCAGUUUGCUUCCUUUGGUUGCAGGACAGGCCCUAGCUGCCAGCAAGCAGGUAGAUUUUCAGCAGUUGGGAAGCUUUUGUGUUCCCCAUUAUACAAUAGAAAUUCUCUCCAAUUUUCUAAGUGAUCAAAACCCAAUUUUUAAGUUUGUCUUGGCUUUCAUUUUCUAGCUGCCAAUUAAAGAAAAAAAUAUUUUAAAGAACAUCCCCUUUUUUCUUUUUUCUCAAGACAGGGGUUCUCUGUUUUAGCUCUGGCUGUCCUGGAACUCUGUAGACCAGGCUGGCCUCGAACUCACUGAGAUCCACCUGCCUUUGCCUCCUGAGUGCUGGAAUUAAAAGUGUGUGCCACCACACCUGGCCUAUUCCUUUUUUAUUUAAGUGAAGAAGUACAAACUACUCAUCUCUGUAGAUUUUUUGAGAGUAUUAAAUUGUGUGUAUAUAUAGGGCUGUGUGCAAGGAUAAGGGAAGUCAUUUAAACUUUCCUGGAUAGCAAAUGUUAAUAUUUUCCUCUUCUCUGGUAUAAUAUUUCCAUAAGACAAACUCUAGAAAAAAAAAUACCCAUCCAUUUUGUUGUUGUUAUUGUUGUUUUUGUUUUUCAAGACAGGGUUUCUCUGUGUAGUUUUAGUGCCUGUGCUGGAUCUCGCUCUGUAGACCAGGCUAGCCUCAAACUCACAGAGAUCCACCUGGCUCUGCCUCCUGAGUGCUGAGAUUAAAGGCAUGCGCCAUCACUGCCCAGCCCCCACCACCACCCAGCCCCCAUCCACUUUUAAUGAAAUCAAUAAGAAUAUCCAGGACUCUGUUUUUAAGCUCUUUCUAUGCCCAGUUAAUACAGCCAUUUCUUAGCAAGCGAGUCCCAUUCUUUUCGCUUGUUUAUGAAAAGGUCUCAAGUAGCGAAAGCAGCUAGUCUCAAAUUCACUGUGUGGCCAAGGAUGAUCUUGAAUUCCUGAUCCUACUGCACUCGCCUCCAAAGCCCAGGAUUACAGAUGUUACAAAUGUGUACCAGAGCACACAGCUUAUCCUUUAUCUUCUUUCCAGUUCUCAUAGUAGAUUUUAUGUACUUUUUUUUUUCAAAUUGAAAUUUUGUUU